AUGGAACAAACAAAACAAUCCGUGAUCAUUGAGUUGGCCUGCGCGGGCAACGGUCCUGCCACCAUUGCCAAGGCCCUGAAGUACCCCAGCAGCACCGUCUACAGGGUCUACAACAGCUUCAUGGCCAAGAACAAAGUCUCCCGGACAACCCACAAGCCUAGAAAUGACAAAAAGCGAAAGCCCAUGUUCUUGGCUGGCUUGAACAGGUCGAUCAAGGCCUCGCCAGGCACCCCCAUGUCCGUGCUUGCCAAGAAGCGCAAUGUGGACAGGUCGACCAUCUCCAGGGCCACCAACAAGGACCUCAAGAUGACCGCGUACAAGUUGUAUAAGAGGCACAUCUUAACAGAGAAGAUGAAGGCUGUCAGAGUCGAAAAUGGGACCAAGUUGCUCAACAACAUGAAGUCCAACAGCAGCCGGUUGGUCUUCUUCUCCAACGAGAAAAGCUGGACUGUUGACAGGACCUACAAUGUCCAGAAUGACAGGCACUUGGCCACUGACAGGUCUAAAGUCCCCCACAUCUUCACCACUAAGUUCCCGGCCUCCAUCAUGACCCUGGGGGUCAUCUGCAGCAACGGGGCCAUCAUGCCCCCGGUGUUUUUCAAGCCCAAGGAGAGGGUGGGGGCAGAGAGGUAUUGCAACGUGUUGGCCAAAUUUGUGAUCCCAUGGAUGAAGGAGGUGGCCGGGGAGACUGAGUUCACCUUCCAGCAGGACUCGGCACCAGCCCACAAGGCCAAGAAGACAAUGGACUUGCUCAAGUUGGAGAACGGAGAGUUGGAGAGGAAGGUCUGCAAGACUCACCACAACAGCAUCAACAGCCUGAAGGCCUCCAUCAAGAAGGAGUGGGCCAAGGUCUUCCCCGCGGACAUCAUCAAAGCCUGCAAAGCCUUCCAAGGCCGUAUCAAGGCCAUGCUUGCCGCCAACAGAGGCCAUAUAGAGUGA